AUGGAUCCUGUUAGUACAUCUAUUACUCUUAUUAGUAAGUUAGAUAUAGGAUCCCGUCUUUACUUGCAUCCUAGUGAUUCUAGUGCCUUGACCAUUGGUAGUAUAAAACUUAAAGGUACUGAAAAUUAUAUUGUCUGGGCUAGUGUAAUGAAGCUUGCACUAGAAGCUAAAAAUAAAUACGGUUUUAUGGAUGGUAAAUGUGAAAAACCUGAGGAUGAUGAUGUGUUGUCUGCCCAAUGGGAUAGAUGUAACUCGGUUGUGUUGACUUGGCUGUUAAAUUUUGUUUCUGAAGAGUUACUUUUAGGACAAGUGUUUUCUAAAUUAGCUUCAGAGGUCUGGGUUGACCUGAAGGAAUCUUUUGAUAAGGUCGAUGGUUCUGUGGUUUGUGAUUUAUACAAAAAGAUAAAUUGUAUUUCACAGAAUGGAAGUUCAGUUGCUGAAUAUUAUAAUAAACUUACAACUAUGUGGAAGCAGUUUGACACUAUGCUUCAACUGCCUUCAUGCUCUUGUAAAGCAGCUAAAGAAUAUAAUGAUUUUACAACAUUAUUCAAACUUAUACAGUUCCUUAUAGAUCUUGAUUAUGUGUAUCAACCUGUAAGGACAAAACAGAUUACUAAGUUGUUACAUCUUGUUGGUGAGAAAUCUGGAAGUGAGUCACAUGCUUCCAAUGUUGGAGACUCUAGUGGUAAUCAACAUAUGACUAAAACAGAUAAAAACAUGUAUAACUGUGUUGAUGUGUUAGAGUUUGAUUUAAGUAUUAGUCAUCCAAAUGGUACAAGUGUGAAAGUUUUAAAAAUUGGAGACUUAAGAUUAAUUGAUGGUGUUGUGUUAAAGGAUGUCUUUUAUGUUUCUGAUUAUUGUGUGAACUUGUUGUCUGUUCAUAAACUUGCUAAGGAUAACAAUAGUUCAGUAGUGUUUAAUGAAGAAAACUAUGUAUUACAGGAUUCGAAAUCAAGGAAAGUCCUGAUGAUUGGUAGUCAAGAUAGUGGUUUGUAUUUUGUGGGACAAAAUGGUAAUUAUGAUGGUGUAUGUUUUAAUAGUGUUUUGAAAACCUAUUUAUGGCAUAGUAGGCUAGGUCACCCUUUAGAUCAGGUUCUAGCCUUGUUGAAACAUGAGAUAGGAAUUAAUAGUUUAGAUCACGGUCCAUGUGAAAUUUGUCAUAAAGCCAAACAGGUUACGGUCCCUUUUCCUAUAAGUGAACAUAAAUCAAAAUGUGUUGGUGAUCUAGUUCAUUUAGAUCUUUGGGGUCCUUAUAAGGUUUCAUCUUAUGAAGGAUUCAAAUAUUUUUGA